AUGAUUUACACUGAAGAGAUAGAAAAUGAAGAAGACAGAGAUAUGGUUAUGUUGCAUUUAGUCAGAAGAAACAACAAAAGCUUUUACGACCUUGCUAAGAUUUACAAAUCUGACAGAAAUUGGUUCUAUCGCGAAAACUUACCGAUUUCAAUGACACCAAAUGAAGAUGUUAAACAGAUAGUUCAAGAUACGUUACCUCAAACACACUAUGAUAUGAAAGGUUGUACAAUACUUACAUUCAAAGAAGACUUACCGCUACUGAAGGAAAAGAUAACAGAGUAUUUCGAUAACUUCAAAGAAGAAGAGUAA